GAAGAAGAAGGUUGUUCAAUGCUUGAUCACGGAACUAGUACGUUUAGAGAGUCUGGCAGUUCUUUUCAGUAGUAUAGGACGUUGAAGGUUUUCUGUGGGUCUCUUCUCAAAAGUAAUUCAAGUCUUUCUUGAUUAUUUUGUGAAGGAUAAUUUGGUGUACGCAGAGCUUUCCGUUUGGGCUGAUUUUUCUUUUCGUUCAUUUCAAGUAUGAGGGAGUGCAUUUCUAUACAUGUUGGCCAAGCUGGUGUGCAGAUUGGCAAUGCUUGCUGGGAAUUGUAUUGCUUGGAACAUGGCAUUCAGCCAGAUGGAAGAGUUGCUACAGACAGCCGCUCUCUAACGGACUCCUCCUUUAGCACGUUCUUUAGUGAUACUGGUGCUGGGAGGUAUGUUCCUAGGUCAAUUUUCAUAGACUUGGAACCAUCAGUUAUAGAUGAGAUCCGUAAUGGGCCCUACCGUCAGCUGUACCACCCGGAGCAGCUGAUUAGUGGUAAAGAGGAUGCAGCCAACAACUAUGCUCGUGGCCACUACACCAUCGGAAAGGAAAUUGUGGAUCCUGUCAUGGACCGAAUUCGUAAAAUGGCAGACCAGUGCACGGGUCUUCAGGGGUUCCUCAUCUUCCGCAGCUUUGGAGGUGGAACUGGCUCUGGCUUCGCCUCCCUGUUGAUGGAACGUCUGUCUGUAGACUACGGCAAGAAGUCCAAGCUGGAGUUCUCUGUCUACCCUGCUCCGCAGGUGUCCACUGCUGUAGUGGAGCCCUACAACACCAUCCUGACCACCCACACCACUCUAGAGCACUCCGACUGUUCCUUCAUGGUGGACAACGAAGCCAUUUUUGACAUUUGCAAGCGCAACCUGGACAUUGAGCGUCCCUCCUACAGCAAUCUGAAUCGCCUCAUUGCCCAGAUCGUCUCGUCCAUCACUGCAUCUCUGCGCUUUGAUGGUGCUCUGAAUGUGGAUCUCACAGAGUUCCAGACCAACCUUGUGCCCUACCCCCGCAUCCACUUCCCCCUGGUCACCUACGCUCCAAUAAUCUCUGCAGAGAAGGCUUACCAUGAGCAGCUGUCUGUGUCUGAGAUCACAAAUUCUUGUUUUGAGCCAUGCAAUCAGAUGGUGAAGUGUGACCCAAGGCAUGGGAAGUACAUGGCCUGCUGCUUGCUCUACCGUGGGGAUGUGGUGCCCAAAGAUGUCAAUGUCGCCAUUGCUACCAUCAAGAGCCGCCGUUCCAUCCAGUUUGUAGACUGGUGCCCCACUGGCUUCAAGGUGGGCAUCAACUACCAGCCUCCAACAGUGGUGCCAGGUGGUGACUUGGCCAAGGUGCAGAGGGCCGUGUGUAUGCUGAGCAACACUACUGCUAUCGCUGAGGCCUGGGCUCGUCUGGACCAUAAGUUUGACCUGAUGUACGCCAAGAGGGCCUUUGUGCACUGGUAUGUGGGUGAGGGCAUGGAGGAAGGGGAGUUCAGUGAGGCCAGAGAAGACAUGGCUGCUUUGGAGAAGGACUAUGAAGAAGUUGGGGCAGAUUCUGCAGAGGAUGGUGAGGAUGAGGAGGAGUACUAAAAUGUUAUGUUCAUACAUGUACUUGCAUUGUAAUUAAAAAACUGGCAUUUGAA